AAUAUAAUAUUUAAAUAAUCUAAAAUCUGUUUAAAUAAACUAAUCAUAUCAAGCACGUAAUUCAAAGUUUCAAUAUUUAGUUAAUACAUAAUCACUUUAUUUAAUCGCAAAUCGUUUUGCAUAUAUUUGGUAAGAAGUGUAAUAUCUUUUAUUUCUAUACCACAUCAUCGCAAGUUUGUAGUAGUUUUUGCCUUUUCCAAGUUAUAUUUAAUCCUUACAACUUUUGCAACGCCCCAAUUGACUGCCUCCCACUCGCAUAUACAUUUUAAUUUAUUUAUACACGUUUUUACCCCCAACUGGCGAAAUGGCUUGCCCCAACCCAGCGCACAUGUGUGGCCACCAUUUUGGUAUACAAAUUACAAAAUUAUACAAAUCAACGCCGCACAAUUGCUUCAAUUGAACCCAGACCAGAGGCCUCAGCUUCAAGAGCCCAAGAUUGCGAUUCUCAUGCAGAAGUGCGGGUAGUACGACUACGAGUGUAUACCUCGAACAUUCCUGUCGGUGAUGGUGUGUGGCUGGCAGAGAUUAGAGUCACUCCAGACGAACAAUCAAAGACAAAGCGUCCUCGACACCUGCGCGGAAUUAUGAAGCCCACUCGCAGAUGGAGAAACGCGGGUGGAUCAAUCGCGUUGGGUGGUUGCUACUUGGUAUAUGGGUGGCCUUUGGGUGGCAGAAGGGCGAGGCAAUUAAGUCAUUACUUCGUACACAAACACAUACUGAUAUGCCCGCCAAAGGCGUUCGUUCUGCAGGUGUUUUACAAGUGUGCAAACAAAGUGCCACGGUGGUUGCAUAAAAGCCAGUAAAGCGGAUGUAAGUGUCUGCCUUCUGUGGCAACGGGCUUCGCAUGCGUGUUUGUACGGCUCCCCGUUUGUUUGCCAGUCCUCGUUGUGGUUGCAAUAAAGGCAUGCAAAUUUAUGUGGGGCCCCCAUUCCCUUUUCCCCUCGACUUUUCCAUAUUUUUGAUAAGCAAUUUUCAUCGCCCCAGAGCUGCGAUUGUGUGUGCAUGUGUGUGUGUGAGUGAGUGUGUGCAUGAGUGGUGGCGAAAUGAAAUUAACAAAUCAUUUCACUUAUGGCCACUGGGGCAUCUGCUUCCACUUGGCUCUAACAUCACUUUGAUGCUAAUUUGAAUGGGAAAUGUGUCAUUUCGGGUGAUUACAAAGGGAUCUUAUCAGCAGGCAGGCAGCCUCAGUUGGGAACGGCAAAUUGAAACAUUUUUCAUAAAUGUAAUGCAGAUUGUUUGAGACCUAAUUUAUUUCAUUUUUCAAAGUGUUCCCUCUAACAUAUUCAUACGAUAACAGCAAUUAGCCAAUUACAAAACAGAAACCGCUGAAAGGACCUUAGGGUUAUUUUUCAGUAAUGGAACAAAUGUCGGGAGAACUGCACGCUGCUUCGCUGCUUCACAUGAGGCGACUGAUGAAGUGCUUGGGAAUUCUGCCUUUUGGUCAGAAUUUGUACGCGAAAGGGUUUUGUUAUGUGCUGCUUGGUGUAUCAUUGGGAUUUUCGAGCUACUGGCGCUUCAGCUUCGACUAUGAAUUUGACUACGAUUUCCUGAACGAUCGAUUCUCCAGAACCAUCGACCUGAGCAACUUUGUUGCCCUAGUUUUGGGUCAUGCUAUCAUCGUAUUGGAGCUACUGUGGGGAAAUUGCAGCAAGGAUGUGGAUAGGCAACUGCAGGCGAUUCAUACCCUCAUAAAACUGCAACUGGAUACUACGAAUAGCACGGAUCGUGUGCGGAGAUACUGCAAUUGGAUCUAUGGAUCCCUCAUCAUACGAUGGCUAAUAUUUAUCGUAGUGACUAUAUAUAGUAAUCGUGCUCUUACCAUUUACGCCACCUACUCGGAAUUGGUUUUGCUGGCCCGUUUUUCCGAGUUCACACUGUACUGUGCUGUGACCUUGUUUAUUUAUCAAGAACUUAUCGUUGGAGGCUCCAAUGUCCUGGAUGAAUUGUACAGAACCCGAUUUGAGAUGUGGUCCAUCCGCCGUUUAUCCUUGCAGAAAUUGGAGAAGGUGCAGGCAAUCCAUAACUCUUUGUGGCAGGCAAUCCGUUGUCUGGAGUCCUACUUCCAACUGAGCCUGAUCACUCUGCUCAUGAAGUUCUUCAUCGAUACUUCUGCACUGCCAUACUGGCUCUACCUCAGCAAAGUUGAGCACACAAGGGUGGCUGUGCAGCACUACGUCGCUAUGGAUGAGUGCGUCAAGCUCUUAGAGAUUAUAGUGCCCUGCUAUCUCUGCACGCGAUGUGAUGCAAUGCAGCGAAAGUUUCGAUCGAUGUUCUACACAGUCACAACAGAUCGACGUAGUAGUCAACUAAAUGCGGCUCUAAGAAGUCUAAACCUUCAGCUGAGUCAGGAGAAAUAUAAAUUUAGUGCCGGCGGAAUGGUGGACAUAAACACAGAUAUGCUGGGAAAGUUCAUUUUUGGAAUGAUCAGUUAUAUUGUGAUCUGCAUCCAGUUCAGCAUCAACUUCAGAGCCAAAAAAAUGAGCACAGACUGUCAAAACAUCACAUCCACAAGUGCCCCCAUUUAAAUGACCUCUUUGAAUCGAUUAUUGUUGGGCAGUCUGGUCGCGUGCUUAUUAAAUUAAAGUCAAUUAACCUAAUUAGCAAAAUUGAUGUCUGCCCGUGCAUAAUCAAAAAAGGACAAGGGGCAAUCAGAGCAGCAGCAAGCAACAGCAGCUGGCCGAAAGUCUACUUCACAUAAUUAUUCAUGCUUAAAAAUUCUAUUAUAAACUUUUGCCAAUGGCCACUGACCGUUCGUGUAGGAUUCAGGAUUCAGGACGCAGGGAGGUCCUGGGGAUACUUGUGCUCAUAGCCUGGUCUUGUUGGCCACGCAUGGCCAAUCUGUCAGGGGUUCAUACGUAAACUAAUGUAUCUGAAAGAUACACUUUUAAAACGACUUGUGUCCAUUACAUCCCAUUUAAUAGAAAAAACAAAUCUUUAGUAUAAACAUUUUAAUAAACGAAAGUAUAUUUACUGCUC